CGUGUUUGAACUGACCCGUCAGCUGCCCAAGUUUGCGAUGUACACCAUACCGCACAAUCUGACCGGGUCACCGAAGAGUGUGUAUACAACUUGAAACAAACCACGCCCCACGAACCACGAUGGCCUCUUCCUCGUCCAGCAGCAGCAGCAGCAGCAGAAUGUCGGUGAUGGACCGCGACCUCUGUCUGCUGCUGGUGGAGAUGUCGUCCGAGAAGGUAACCGUGCGGCAGAAGGCGUUCAACAAGAUGAGCACCAUCCUGAACAACCGGGAGGACGAUUUUCUCGACUACAUGGCAUCGGAUGCGUUCGAGACGCAGUGGUGCGCGGUGCUGGAUGCGGCUUACCACGGCAUACAGAAGCAGAGCUACGCCAUUACGACCCAGGUGCAGAGCAAGAACCACGACUACGUCGUGGUGCUGCACAAGCUCGUUGAGCUGGCGAUGGAUCGGGAUGCGCCGCAGCUACCGCACAGCCAGCUGAUCGGGUGCUUUGUGCGCGCGAUCAACGAUCAAGCGAUGCGGGACAGUUUUGGUGUGUGCUUUCUGCACGUGCUGAACAAGUUCGUGCUGUGCUCCAAGUGGUGCCUAACGCCGGUGAGCUACGAGCACUGGAAAGAAAUUCUUGACUGCUGUUUAGUGAUGCUGGAUACAGCGCACGUACCAAAGCACUUGGCGGCCAACUGUCUCUCGCUGGCUGUGGUGAAAUUUUUAGCCAACUGCUCGAUGCAAACACUGCUGGCGGACUAUUUGAGCCGGCUGAUUGUCCACCUGCGCCAGGCGGUAAACGAGAAGAAAAGUAACGUUUUAUGCGAUCUGAUAAACAUAGCUUUGUACAUAACAGAAGCGAUAGCGGUGGAUUGUAAGGCGAAGAUCAUUGCAUUCUUGGAGUCGCUCGUUCCAUGCACGGUGAAACUUUACAAGGAAGCAAACUUGCGCAAGGAACAGAAAGUGUCACUGUUCCGGUUGAUGCAUCUGUCGCUGAUAAUGUUGUACCCGGGAGGAAAAUCUCAUACCCUUGCCAAACCACUGACCCGAGACGGUUUGCAGCAGGUCGAGGACGAUGAAGCGCGAAGGAAAACGUUGCGCGAAUAUCAUUACAUACUGACGAGUGAAAUGAAGGCACGGGAUCAGAGUUCGUUCUUUGGCUCGAAUGAGGCCCCUUUUGCUGAUGGUUUCAUUGACUUUGCCGCCCGGUUGUGUUAUACGGUGUACUGGAACGAGGAUAAUUGGAAGGAAUCUAGCGGCGAAGAAACGGCCGCAAAGCGAAACAAACAGUUUAACAAACUGCAAAGCAUCAUGGAGAUGGUCGGUACUGCUCCAAAUCAGCUUAAUUUGCGUUGGUUGUACAUCCUUUCUGCGGUUCUAGACAGAUAUGAGGCAGCACUUACUAGCGACGACUAUGCGCAACUGUUGCAACUGUUGUGCAAUGUGCAACCGAGCCUACAAUCGCCGCACGAGCAUGAUGCUUUCUACCAGUGCUGUUCCGUGCUGCUCGCGUUCGAACAAAAGUCAACCCAUCGAUCGUUGAACACAGCGGCGGCCAGCGGUGAAUCGAUUGGCGAGCUUUGGGCCAAAAUGAUAGCCGCUGCGUUCCGUGCCUGCACCAACACCGCCGCAAGAACGUGCGCUAAAUCCAAUCUCCUGCUGCAGCUAUUGAUUCGCCAUCGAAAGUAUCCGAACGUCGGCUUUCUAAACAGCACCGUGCUGGAAGCCUUUUACACCUAUGCCGUGGAGAAGACGAACCUUAACGUCGGCACGGUGCUGUCCAUCCUGGAGACGGUGGGCAACGCCGAGUGUCUCGGCAGUGUCGACGGUGUGCUGACCAAGCUGCUCAACUAUCUCUAUCCGCAGACGCGCGAAACACAGUCGAAAGCGAUACUACACGCAAAGGAGCGGCUGAGCGCAAAGACGCUGGCACGCAUUUCGAUCCUUUGCGUGGUGACUACAUGUUGCGCAAUGGAUGAGACAGAGCGGCACACACACGCCGGAGUGCACGAUACCUUUUACCGGGAGCGAGACGGGCAGUUGCAAACGCUCGAGCAAAGACUUCGCUACCAUAGUUUAGAGGAAUUGCUAGCGUUGGAGCAGCACAAAAAGGAAGGGAUUGAUGCGGAAUCACCCCAAGGCAGCGCACGAAUCUCUUACAACAUAAACGAACCACUGUUUUUGCGCCUGUGUGAGGUAGUAAGCUUCGACAAGCAUAUCCUGCCCGAUGGGAAUUAUUUUCUAGCCGAUGGAUUGGCAUGCAUCUGCGACGAUUUGGAGUUGUACCUGGAGAUGCUCAACAUUUUGCAGCUGCACGCCGCGUACGAUGAGCAGCAGUGCACCAGGAGCCCACUGUACAAAAAGGUUCUGCUCAAGUUCGACCUACUAAACGGUGGAUUUGAGCGGCUGUUGAAAAACGAUGCGGCCUCCACGCUAAAUCUCAUCAAAACCAGGAACCUUGCCGAGCGAUUGUUGGCCAUCUUUCGUGUCCCUUACCAUCCGUCGGUAAGGAAGCUGCUGCAGCAAACCGAACACACGUUCAUUAUGCGAUGGGCAAUCGGGCAGAUCAGUCUGAAGGAGGGGGAGGAUUCGCAGUGCGUGACCGUGUUGCAGCCGGAUAAACUGGCCACGGAAGAGCAAAUGCAGCGAUGUUUCCUCCACGUCGUAGCGGAAUAUCUGCAGUACGAAGGGCCAAGCCUGAACGAGGCUCACGAGCUGCUGGAUCGGUUGGAACUGAAUGUGUUCAGCAGUUUGGAUUUGUUCUAUCUGUUUGAUCUGUGUCGAAUACUGCUGGCGCAAACUUCCCAUGAGGUGGUGGCCGUAUGGGUACUGAGAAACCUGGUAGAUGUGUGCAAAAACCACUACACCAAUCCUGACAUUACGGAGCAGAUUAUCGAUCUGUACGGUGCUUUAACCGCCUUCGUGAGCCCGUACGAAGACAUGAUCCGCAACGUAACGAUCGUGCUGUACUCGUUCGUAAAACAGUGCGCCAAACACACGUACUCUACCGAGCUGCAGGUGAAGAUACUGGCGCAGGUGAAGUAUCUGCUCCGCGCUUACCCGCAGCACAUCCGUACGCCAACGCACGAGAGCAUCUACAACGGAUUGGUGCCGUUGCUGAGCAGCCCAAGCUAUCGCAUCAAGCUGGAAGCGGUCAGGAAUAUUCUGCACUUCAUGCAGCUCGAAUGGUCACAUCCUGACCUUUCUUCGGUUCCGUGCAGCUUUUACGAGUUUCAGCUGCAACUGUACGAUCAAAUUCAGUUCGAGGAGCUACUAGCGACCGACGGUGGGAUGGACAUGAACGAUGAGAGAAUGAACGUGAUUAGCGGCUGCCUUCAGCUGCUGUUGGGCAUCUUUCGCAUUAGCUUCAUGCUGCGUCGGCGCGCGUUGUGCGAUUUUGUGCUGCUCGUUCAGUUGGGAAGCGUAAACGAUGACAAAAUGGCAAACACCAUACGGCUUAUGCGCACCUCCAGCGAUAUCGACUUCUGCCAGCUGCUUCAAGCUAACCUGGACACCGUACUCGAGCUAUGGCUAACCAAAGGGAAUCGGUUGCUGCAUUUCCCGUUCCGUCUAGCGGGAAAGAUCGCCACGAUCGAAGAGUUUAUCCAACUGUUCAAGAAAAACAUUUCCUUCGUCAUACUCUGCAUGCAGCCGGAACGGUUCGAACAGUUCUGCAAAUCGAUUGGCGUACAGCAGGCAGAAAUGGUGAAGAGUAUACUGCCGAAAUGUGUUUCGUUCCUUCUGCCCAAGUACGCCAAAUGUGAAGGGAUGGCGCCCAAGUAUGAUGCAAUAGCUAGUCGGAUGCACAAAGCACUUGCCCCUAUAAUAAGCACGGUAGAUCUUAAAGAUUACGUGUCGGAAAUUAUCAAACACCUCACCCACCGAUUGAACGAUCACGUUGAGCUGGGCAAGCUGUUGGACCAGGACCUGCCAAGCUGCUUCGUUGCCGAUCUGUCGCUUAGCAAAGCCACUUACUCGACGGCGCUCGAGCACCUGAAACAGUCGGUAUGGGGAUCGCAAUCGUUCAAGUACACGCUGCUGAGCAAUUUGUGUUUUAAAAACAGCUCACCAAUUGAACGCACCCUAACGGAUGUCAAACGCUGGCUUUGGGCGGCUGAUGAACCGGAGCAGAAAAUGGUACAUCUCUUCCAGUACACGGUGUUUCUCGACCAUCUGAAAGAGUACAUCGGACAGCAGAAGGAACGCGCGUUCAAACCCUAUCUCGUGCGAGAUGUGGUGUAUUUCCUGUGCAACUUGUUGUCCUCCUUUCCCGCCCUACGACUUGCCACGCUCAACAGCUUCGGGCGGUUCCUGGAGCACGUGGUCGCAUCUAGCGAUGCGUGCGAGCUGCUCUCGGAACAUUUGCACUUCAUAGUGUCAUCAUUGCUGGAGGUGGAAAAUGUCGAUCCGGCAUCGGAGAUUUCUCAAAAAUCGCUAACUCUGCUACGGUUUCUGAUCUUACAACACUCUGCCGCGUUUGCGGGUGCGAUCGGUAAGCUGAAUUAUCUACCAAAGGACGAACGAUUCGAUCAGUUGCGGCUUGCUAUAUCGCGCCAAAAAACGAUCGGUCAUGAAAAUGUGCUGCCAAGGGAAGAAAUCGCGGCGCUGAUUGAGUUGCCCAAUUUAAGAUACGAAGAUUUGGCUGCGCUGAAGAUUGUGCUCACCACCAAAAAGAAAGAUCUAAAAUUAUUGUGCGAUGAGCUGAGCGAGCAAAGCGCAUCGUCGGGCGCUAAUGGGGAAAGCGUGCUUCAUCGGUUAGUCUACACUUUGCUGGAAGUUGUGCGCAGCUCCCCGUUCGACAAGCGAUCGAUGGAAGCUCUCCGAUGUUUGAGUGAAAUAGGACCGAUCGAUCUGGGAACAAUGCUGUUAAAAUCCGACGCAGAAAUGAUUGCUUACGAUACGAUCAACAACUCGAAGGAAGCAAUCGAACGAUGUGCUGCGGUGCUGCUGAGCGAAUUGAACGAGCUGAUAACGAACAGAAACGUUCCGGUUGCAAACUACGCCUCACUGAUUUGCUACAAAAUGCUGUACGGAAAAACAUUCCAUGCUUUGGCGGCCAAACUACCAACACUGCACCCAUUUUUGGGAACUUCUGCGGAAGAGAUCAAACUCUUCACUCGUACCACCGGACGCAGUUUGUCGUUGCGGCCAAUGCUUGCCAACGAACGGAUCGAGUACAGCGCUUUUGUGCAGCAGCUGUCAGCCGCGUUGCUGUCAUUUUUGGGAAAUACGAUGAUUAAAAAGCUGGCCGAACAGGAAACGACAUUCGUCGAGAAGCUUGUCCCUUUGCUGGUACAGAUAACGAUAAAGCAAUUCGAAGAGUCAAUCAUCGAUAGCAUGGGCAGCUUUAUUAAUGAGUUUUUCAACGAGUUCGCUGCCAUUCAAAAUGAGGUUCACAAUAUUUUCAAUGACCCGAAAGCUAUUCAACUGAUGCUUACCAUCGUGGAGUGUGUUCGGAUACAUAAUCAAUGCUUUCCACAGUACAAAAUUUCCGUUAACUAUCUACGAAUCGCACAAGCGUCUCAAUUCUGUCAGGCACACUUUAAAGCCAUCCUGUAUGGUGACCUCUGGUACCGGGAGGAAGAGGAGCAAGGCAAGCAUGAUGCCAAACGACACCCGGAACUGCAAAACAUAAUGAAAUCAUGCCAUUUGGCGAUCGGCGUAAACGAUGCAGUUAAAUCAUUCCUCAACCCAAUCCAGGAACGGAUGGAAUAUUACCGUCUAGAGCAGAAUUACGCCAGAUGCUUGGUUAUGCAAGAUGCAAGCACACCGUGGUCGCAAGAUACCGCCCUGGACAGUGCGGGCACACAGAAUGCCAUCUUGCAAACACUGAAAGACUCCUCACUGUACGGUUUGGCUAGAUCGUUACAUGUCGCACCGCAACAGAUUGAUUACGAGUGUGCCUGGCGGCUGUCCGACUGGAAUGUACUAGUCGACGCGGACGGCGGUGUUGGUCCCAAUGUCCCGAAGAGAGCACCGGCUGCCGGUUCGAGCGCGCUGCUCCUACAGUCGCGAUCCUUCGAGCGAGCGCAUUACAAAGCGCUCAAGUGUUUGCAGCUGCGCGAUGAACUCGCGGUGGAAAGUGCGAUCGUGGCAGCGCAGCGUGCCGUUAGCGAACUUUUCAAGCUUACCAGCAUCGUUGUUAUUAUUGUUUUUAAUCGUAUGAACUGCGGAAACUGA